AUGAGCUACCGUAAUCGGAUUGAUGGCGCACAUUUGAUUAAACCGGCGACUUUUUCAUACUUUGACCGCUCUUCUCAACAAGAAAAGAUGCUGCGAACUCAGCAACGUGGCGCCGCCGUUGUUGCGCAUUUCGACCCAGCGGCCGAUGAGAAGAUCGAUAUUGAGACUGUUGCUUACCCGAUACAAGAUAUUGAUGUGAAAGUGGAGAAUGAUGAGCAUCACUCUUCACAAAACCUCAAGCGUCCCACCCCAUCCAGAACCCCGCAUCUCUCCGGGAAAUUCCAGAAGAUCAACAUUGUCGAUCAGAAAGUGGAAAAAGAAACGAAGAGUGAGACCGAGGUUAAGCGGACACCCGGUCGUCCCUCUAAUGGACCCGAACUUCCCGAAGAGGUGGCGCUUCUAUUGAAUUUCUCGACACAAGGGAAAAUUCAACGAAACACUCCAAAGUCGCCGUCAACGUCGAAUGCUACAAAUGAACAGUUAUCUCGAAGUCCACAAAGUUUGCCGACGAUUCCCGCGCAGGGUCCCCUCAUCGCUCCCGUGCAGAAAAUCCUUCGCCGUGUCCCGCCCAUUCAACCCGAUCAAGUGAAACUCUCCAAAAAUCAAACACAUCCCAAAAUGGAUCCAAACUUUCAUCUACAAGAGAUUGAGGUAAUCGAGACUUACAUGGAUGAGACAGAGGUGCCUGUGGGUGACGAAGUCGUUGUAUUCGCUGACGACUUGGGUGGGCACGAUUACACAUUCGCUCACGCGGCACCAUUCAAUGUGCGAACGAUUCGACAAAGAGCAUCACUGACAUCACCGAUUAAUGCACUUCAUGUUGAAAGGGAAAAGAAAUUUGGGAGAAAGACGAAGAUUUUGGGGAAUGGAGAUGAAAAACCUAAGCCGAAACGAGGACGGCCACCACGAUACGCACUGCCGCCUGAUACGCCGUUGGAGGAUGAGAGCAAAGUUCGUGAAAAAGAAACCCAACGCCGAGCUCGUGUCGCCAAGAAAAACCGUCUAUUGAACCAACGAGAAGUGGUCGACAAAGUGUAUGGAAAAGUGACGAUGCUGCUAACGGAUCAACGAUUUGAUUGGGAGACACGACAACGAUUGGAAGGCAUCAAGAAUGGAUUGUAUCACAUUUUGGCUGAAAGGGACAAGAAGAGUCACCAUGAAAUCGCCGCUCACAUGUACAAGGAUUAUUUGAGAAGUGAAGCCGGUGUGAUCCGUCGUCCCGGACCUCUCCCCAAGCACAUGUUACCCGAAUUGGCGAACGUGACUGAUCCAAAGGAGCGACAAAGGUUGAGGAAUUGUGCCGCACAAAGGAGAUACCGAGAAGCGACAAAUGCCCAAGAAAUGAUGUACAAUGAAGUCGUUCACAACAAUGUGCCGUCAUUGUUGAAUCUGAAGUACCAACUACCUGAAGAACUUGCCGCAGGAAUCGAUGAGAUCGUCAACGAUCUCUGCUCAGCAACAAAGAAGAAAGAGCUGGACUCGUUGAAGCAAAAUCUCCCAGUUCGUGAGCAGCAUCUCAUCGAUGUCGGCACAAAUAGUGAU